GGGGGGGCGGGAGUGACCCCACCGGCCGGGCCCAUGCUGUCGGCUUUCAAGAGCACUUCAUUGUCCCGAGAGCCCAGAGCCUGCCUCAGACGGCGGCCGAAGCGCAGGGCCAGAUCGUAGGAUCGUAGGAACGUCGGGCUGGAGGGGACCUCACGAGGGUGUCUAGCCCAGGAUCAUCCCUGACUCAACCAUCCCGGCCACGUGUCUGUCUAACCUGCUUCUGUUUCCAGUGACAUGAUGAAGUGUCACGAUGCCCCUUCAUACAUCCGUGGUGUGUCCACACCUUGAACCCGGUGCCCCGUUCUGGUCCCUGCUUCUCCGAGAGGAUCUAGAAGAACUGGAGAAGGCGCAGAGAAGAGCAAUGGGGCUGAUGGGUGCUGUGGAGGGCGGGCAGCUCGAGACCUGCCUAGGAACCGACUUCCACCGCGGUGCCGGCGUCCUGGACGUCCUCUACGAGACGCCCUUCUCCCUGCUUUCCUGCGGCUACGACACCUACAUCCGCUACUGGGACCUGCGGGCCAGCACGCGGAAAUGUGUCCUGGAGUGGGAGGAACCCCACGACAGCGCCCUGUACUGCGUCCGGAGCGACGGGAACCACAUGCUGGCCAGCGGCUCCUCCUAUUACGGCGUCGUGCGGCUCUGGGACAAGCGGCAGAGCCGGUGCCUGCAGAGCUUCUCCCUGUCGUCGCCCACCAGCAGCCCCGUGUACUGCCUGCGCUUCAACACCACCCACCUCUACGCCGCCCUGGCCUCCGCACUGCACGUCCUCGACUUCACGGCCCCCUGAUGCCCACCCGGCACAGCAGGACACUCAGCUCAGGGACUGCCGGGUGGGGACGGAGGCACGUGGCCCUGGACACGUCUCACGGGGAUGUUGGCUGCUGGAGGGAGCGUGGAGGGGGGCCGGCAGCCUCUCCUCCACCUGCCUUAGACAUCAAUAAAGACCAAGGGGCCUUUGCUCCUUUCAGUCUGUGCCAGCCGGGUGGUGUGGCUGGUUUGGGGUUUCACUUUUCUCCUGGUGGGACAUGGCACCUUGGGGCAGCAGGGAGCCCUGUGCCGGCGCUCCAGGACAGGCCACGCAGCCGCCGGGGGCACAGAUCAGCCUUGGGAUCACGGGCACGUGGGGCCGACCUCUCCCCACCGCUGCUCUACGUGGCGCCUUAUGGGAGUUGAAGUAAGAGCCGGGAGCAGGGCUGGGACGCACACGGGGAGGACAUGUUUACGGGACUCAGAAUAGGCAGGAUGUUCACUGCACCACGCUGAGGGUCCGAGACCCGCAACAGGCUCCAAAAGCAGCAGCCCAGGCCAUGCCUGCCUGGUGUUCGUGCCCCAGGCAGCUGCCUCUGGGCCCCGGGGGGAGAUGGCGAAUGUACAAGGCCAGGCUGGGGGUCUCCAGGGCACUGCAGGCUUCCAGGCGUCUUGGCUUGGAAUUAAAUAAGCUUUGGGAUUUGCUUUUGGCUGGAACAAGCACCGACCCCUCACUGGAGCAGGGCAGUGGGCAGGACGGGCUCGCUGUGCCACUUGCCUGGUCUCCAGGCUGCACGGGCCCCCUCCCCUUUUGGGAGCCCCAAAGUCGCACUGAAACGAUGCAGACAGCGGCAUCCUGAAGCGUGUCGGGUCUCAGCAUGCGGCUCUUCUCUGGGACCUGCAGCCUCCCUCUGCUCCGAGCCGAGCAUCGCUGUAUUUCUGGGCGACCUGGGCACGGAGGAGGGAGACCCCGGCCAGGGUCCAGGACGUGGUGACCCCUGAGAGCACCUCCAGGUCAACGAUCUCACUGUUCCGUGACAUGGUGGGAGAAUAAAACGUCCCUCUUCCCUGCAGCCACCGCCGGCUCUCUCCUU